GUUAUAUUGAUAAUCCGAAAAUCCGUUACUGUUUUUUUUUCAACCAACGAUGGGUUCCUUGGAUCCACCACAAGCAGAGAACGGUUACUCUAACGCCGGUAAAUCAGACGGCGCCCACCAAUCCACCGGCGAUGAUGGAGUUCCGCCAGCCCAUAGGGAAAUGACGACGGAUUCCGACUCUUUGAAGAGGCGCAAGACGAGCAUGCUUCCCUUAGAGGUCGGCACGAACGUCAUGUGCCGUUGGAGGGACAACAAGUACCACCCCGUUAAGGUCAUCGAACGCCGGAAAUUGCCUUACUCUGCUCCCAAUGAUUACGAGUAUUACGUCCAUUACACUGAAUUUAAUAGGAGGCUUGAUGAAUGGGUGAAGCUUGAACAACUUGAUCUUGAUUCAGUACAGGCUGUUGUUGAUGAGAAAGUAGAGGACAAGGUUACAAGCUUGAAAAUGACACGUCAUCAAAAGAGAAAAAUUGAUGAGACACAUAUAGAGGGUGGACAUGAGGAGCUUGAUGCUGCCAGCUUGCGUGAACACGAAGAAUUCACAAAAGUGAAAAAUAUAGCAACUAUUGAACUUGGAAGAUAUGAGAUUGAGACAUGGUACUUCUCCCCUUUUCCACCAGAGUACAAUGAUUGUUUAAAGUUGUAUUUUUGUGAGUUUUGCCUCAAUUUCAUGAAGCGCAAGGAGCAGCUUCAAAGGCAUAUGAGGAAGUGUGAUCUCAAGCAUCCCCCUGGUGAUGAGAUUUAUAGAAGUGGUACGCUCUCAAUGUUUGAGGUUGAUGGCAAGAAGAACAAAGUUUAUGGGCAGAACCUUUGUUAUUUGGCGAAACUGUUUCUUGAUCACAAGACCCUUUACUAUGAUGUUGACCUCUUUCUAUUUUAUGUUUUAUGUGAAUGUGAUGAUCGGGGAUGCCACAUGGUUGGAUAUUUUUCCAAGGAAAAGCAUUCUGAGGAGUCCUAUAAUUUGGCAUGCAUUCUUACGCUUCCACCUUAUCAAAGGAAAGGCUAUGGAAAAUUUUUGAUUGCCUUCUCAUAUGAACUUUCCAAGAAAGAAGGUAAAGUUGGCACACCAGAAAGACCCCUCUCUGAUUUAGGCCUUUUGAGCUACAGAGGAUACUGGACGAGGGUACUUUUGGACAUCUUGAAAAAACACAAGGGCAAUAUUUCUAUAAAGGAGCUGAGUGACAUGACGGCCAUAAAGGCAGAUGACAUAUUGACGACCCUACAAGGUCUAGAAUUGAUCCAGUACAGGAAGGGGCAGCAUGUAAUCUGUGCAGAUCCAAAGGUUCUGGAUCGUCAUCUAAAAGCAGCGGGUCGUGGGGGUCUCGAGGUUGAUGUUAGCAAGCUGAUCUGGACCCCAUACAAAGAGCAAGGUUGACUGACUUCUCUUCUCUUCGACUAUAAGGUUUCCUUUCCAGAUAAAAAAAAGACACUAGAGUUGAGUGGUCACUUCUUUUGCUUGUAUAAUAUAUAACCAAACAUAGUGGACUCCAUCUCCAGACUAUAUAUAGACUUAUGAAACACAAAAUGGUCCAUUGUUUCGUAUUCCUAGCCUAGGGUCUUUAAUUAGUCUUGACAUUACCAUUUGUUUCUGAUUUAUCUUUUACAUGUUAAUAAUAUUAGUUAUUUACGACUUCACAA